CAAGGAUUCUGCAGUUCUGAAUCAUGGAAUUGCCCUGUAAUGUACACCAAACAUGAAUUUCUUGAUGUUGGUCUGAUGGAGUACUUGCCAUUGUUUGGAAGCCUUGUUGGAAUAGCUGUAUUUGGAGCAUACUUCUACAGAAGAGCGCGCGUGGCCGGCACGGCGUGUGACUGCGCGGACCGUAUAGACGGCCGCGUGGUGCUAAUCACCGGCGCCAACUCGGGCAUCGGACUGCAGGUGGCCCGCGAGCUGGCGCUCAGAGGAGGUCGGGUGUACCUGGCCUGCCGCUCGCUGGAGGAGGCGCGUCACACCGCCUUCAGCAUCAUCAACGAGACGAGUAACACGUCGGUGCGUCCGCUGCAGCUGGACCUCAACAGCCUGGCCUCGGUGCGCCGGCUGGUCAGCGAGCUCCGACAGGCUGAGACUCGUCUGGAUAUUCUGGUGAAUAACGCCGGCUGCUUCUACUGCCCGCCGUCCCUGACCGAGGACGGAUUCACCGUCACCUUCCAGACCAACUACCUAGGUCAUUUCCUGCUGACGCGCCUGCUGGCGCCGCUGCUGGUGCAGGCGGCCGCCGGCGCUCGGGUGGUGUUCGUCUCCAGCGCCGCCCACCUGACCGUCUCCCGACUGGAGUUCGACUGCGCCGGCCGCGCCGCGCAGCCCGCCGGCGCGCCGCCUCUCGCCCCGGCCGGAGUGCCCGCCGAGCCGCCGGCCCGGCUCCAGUACCACGUGGCCGCCUACGGACAGGCCAAACUGGCACUGGCCGUGUUCGCAGCCGAGCUGGCACGCAGAUUGAGGGGGAAGGACAUUUGCGUGAACAGUGUGGACCCCGGUAAUGUCAACACCGACAUCUACCGGCACUACCGCGAACUAAACACCUUCCACGUCCGACUGCUCCGGUGCUUUCUGAUGCGCACGCCCUCAGAGGGCGCUCAGACUGUGAUCCACUGCGCGUGCAGCUCCAAGAUCGACGGCGUCACCGGACAGUACUUCAAGGACUGCACGAUAGCCGACGCCAACCCUCUGGUACGUGACCGUGAGGUGGGCGAGGAACUGUGGCGACUGAGCGACCGCUGGACGGGACUCAGCUCACUCUGAACUAACUGAGGGAUCUAGG